GAACUGGGUUAAAUCAACUAGAGGAGAAAAAGUCACGAGAAUUGUUAUUUUCCAUUUCACAAAUAAAAGUUGAAACUAGUCGAAUUUCAUUAAUAUGCACGAAAUAUAUGUAUCAAAAUUUAGUCGUAGCUAAAAAACAAUUUUUAAAUGUUUCAGUAAAGACCAUAAUUAUUAAUUUUUUGAAGAAAUUACACCUCAAAUUAGAUAAACAUCCAUACAUUUGCUGUGAAGCCUAGUUUCGUUUAUGUUUGGCAAUUAACGUUGUCGCUUUUACAACCCACUAAAACACACAAGUAAACAACAAAAUAUUUACCAUAUAAGUUAAAUUCUCAGCUGCGUUACGAGAAGAAACUACCAUUUGUGUCAUCCUGAUUUAAUUUCAAUGAACCCGGACAUAUUACACGUAGAUCCCAAUGAAAUCCAAAGGGCAUUGGAAAGAUAUGAUAAAACAGAAGAAGAAGCGAACAAUGAUAUCAAAACAAUACAAGAAUGGAUGAAAAAUCAGCCACACCUACCUGAGAUAAUGGAUAAAGUUCCAAUCAGAAAUUUUCUGUUUUUGAAUAAAUUCAACAUGGAAAAAACGCAACGGAAAAUCGACAUGUACUACACCGUAAGAGGUUUAUUUCCCGAUUUUUUUGAAAACAGUAACCCAAAAUUGGAACUAAUGCAGAAGGUCAUGGAAGCGGUCUACCUGUGCGUUCUUCCCACGGCUCUCGACGGGAUUCACAGGGUGUUUAUCAUUAAAGUAAAUCCUGGAAAUGUGUUUGGACCUAGGGAGCUAGUUGUACACUCUACGAAUGUGACAGAGAUGAGAUUAUACGAAGACUGCUUGGCAGCUGGAGAAAUUUUGAUCUUCGAUAUGACUAACAUUUCUUUGAGUGAUGUAAAAAAAUUAACUCCGACUCUGAUAAUAAAAAUUUUGGUUAUUUUUGAGAAAGUGUAUUCUAUUCGUUCUAAAGACAUAUACAUAUUAAACAGUCCUGGUUUUGUUUCUGUGGUACUAUCUAUUCUGAAGUCGUCUCUGAAACAAAAAAUUUUCGAAAGGAUCCAGUGUUGUGAUGAUUCGGCAGUAUUAAAGGGUAUUCUUUCGAACGACCAGUUGCCUAAGGAUUAUGGAGGAGAGGGGCCAUCAUUACAUGAGCUGAAUGAAAUGCUAAAAUUAAAGUUGACUACGUACGAAGAGCGCUUUGAUUCGCUAGAUAAGCUUCGAACCGAUGAAAGUUUGAGACCUAAAAAACUGAACAAGGAUGAAAUAUUUGGUUUUUUUGGGCAUUUUAUGAAGUUAAAUGUAGAUUAGAUUAUAGUGUUACAAGACAAAUAGUCUAAUGUGUAAUGGUUACAUUUAUUAU